AAACAAAGAACCAAUAGCAAACGUCAAAACUGGGGAAAAUAUAUUACACGUGCGAAGUUGGCUGCAUGCGUUUAAUCUACCCCGAGAAAAAUUAAAAAACUAGAAUGGCCAUCGAAGCAAAGAAUAAAAGGAAACGUAAGCACCAGAGUACACAGCCCGAUGGCGGAGAGGCUCAAGAUGAGGGUGAAGUGGAGGUGCCGAAGAAAUUGGCCAAGAAGAUAAAACAAGCGAAGGACAGUACAAAACAUAAAAAUAAUAAGAAACAGCAGCCCACGGAUGAAGAGCAACAGGCUCAAGCGGAAAAUGGUGAAGCUAGUGCUGCAGAAGGCGAUUCUAAUGAUGUGAAUGAAGAGCGAGAAAAAGCAAGUGAUUGGCAAAGCACCAAUCCGGAAAAUCCACUGCAGGAACACGACUCCGGCUACGAAGAGAAGGAGCUAAAGUUUUCUAAAGAUUUUAAAAUGCUACAUUUUCGCACAAAGUUGCGCAGCGAUAACUUCAUAACAGAACUCCGCCACUUUCUACACAUGGUCCAAACACAGCCCAAAUGGGUAGCUAAAUACAUUGAGAAGCGUGGCAAACCGCUAGAAUUAGCAGAAGCGCUGGAACGUGUCGACAAAUCCAAUGUCCUACACAUCGGUUACCUUUGCCAGGCGCUGCAACUGGUAUUAAUGGAGAUUGUCUCCAACCAAAAGGAACACAUGGAGUCUGCAGUGUAUGCUGCACGCUACUUUCUCAAAUCCCACGGCAACGUAAUCGAUCAAUUACUUAAAUCGGCGCAAUUGCAACACCGACGCAUCGCACUCAAACUACUCACCACCAUAGUGUGCGUAGAUCCGCAAUUGGGGCGUCAACUACUCGCCUCUUACGACAUACUUUCCAAUGUAAAGACUAUUGAAAACAUGCUUUCGCAUUCACAUUUAGAGUUGCGCGAAACGGAUACGGUGCGCAAGUGUUUCAUACACUUCGUACUCGCCUAUUUGGUGGAUGGCAAUACGCUGCUCAUACGCAACAUACUGGAUCGUGGCGCACUGAUACGUGCGCUCGCUUCGGGAUUGCAGUAUGAUGAUCAUGUUACCGUGUCCGUGGUGGUGAGCACGUUGCGCAAGUAUGUGCUGGAGUGCGCCGAGAUUUCGAAGACCAAAAAGAUACAUGUCUUCGAUGCGGAAUGCUGUAGGCAUUUCCUGCGCCUCUACGAUUGGUUCGGCCCGAAAGUGUUUGCGGCCAAAAAUUCGGGUAAAAACGGUGCACAGACACAGCUGCGGAUGGAACAAAUAGAGGCGUUGGUGAAUGCAGAGGAGCGCGCUGCAGUCGCAAAGGUUGUACAUGAAUUUAUGCUGUUGCUACUGACCUCGCGAAAAUACGGCAUCUGUUUUGAUGCGGUUACACAUUACAAAGAGAAACACAAUGCCAUACAGGGCAAGCUUGUCGGCCAACUCUAUAAGCCAUGGUGCGAUGAACGUAAAACCGAAUUGAUUAUACGCAUUCUUACCGCCUGUCCUGAACUUGCGCGCCAUACUGUACGCCACUUUGCCGGUGUUAUAAAUCCCAUGCGCACACCCGUGCGUGAUUGGGUUUCUGGUUGUAAUUUUCUAGCUAAAAUCAUAGCUACUGUGCAACCACAACUACUAAGCGCUGCAUUGGAUAAAAUUACACUCACCGAUUGCACUUACUUCAUCAAGGAUGUGUGCUUGCCCAUCGAGACGCUCGCGCUAGUGACAGGUGCCAAAUUUUUACGACAUAAAGACUUCCGAUUUCGAUUGGCCGCAAACCGUCUAUUGUAUACUAUGUUCUGGCAAUAUUCUGCCUAUAUCACGGCCAUAGCGAAACGCGAGGAAGCGCGUGGAAAUGCAAAUUCUUUGCAUCGAUUCCGUUUGGAAAUAUUGAAUCAUAUUUUGGUGAAUUUUCCAACAGUCGAGGAGAUACUCUUCUCGUUGUAUAUGUCCAUAAAAGAUCAGGGUACCGCGGAAGUCAAUGUAUUGGAGCAUUUGGAUGUGUCAUUGGAUUUGGUUUUGGUUAUUUGUAAGGAACAUCGCUCGUUUGUAAACAAAACCAAUACUAUUUUGGAUUAUUUGGAGCUGUUGCGCCCAUUAUACGCUGGUGAAGAAACUGCCGACAUUGGCGCCGAUGCAAGCAAUAUAAAAUUGGAGUUGAAGGCAAUAAAAACUAUACUAUUGUUGUUGCCGAAAGCGUUGGAACCGAAUGAGAAGUUAUUCAGCAGUGUUUUGAGGUCAUUCAUCAAAGCUUUUGUGUAUGGAAGUGCAGAGGUGCGCGUUGAGUGCGGCGCAUUACUGCGAAAGAUUUUCUUGAAUACUGGUCUCUUUGAUUCUGGCGUUUGGGAAGUGGAUUUGUGGCUGGAAGCGCUGAGGUUCUUCGAUGCACAAACUGUGGAUGUUGUGACGCAGGUUUUCAUCGCAUCGCUGCAGGUCACCAAAGUAGACGUGGAGAUGCCUAAAACAACCGAGUCCAUACUGAAUGAACAAAAUCUGCAAAAGCUCUUUGAGAACAUCGAAAACGGCCUAUCUGUACAGGCGUACGUGGAAAGUAUUUCUAUUAGCAAGCUCAUGCCGCUCAUUUUCAAGGGCGUGGAAAUCAGCGCACCGCUGAAUAAAUACCUAGAAACUGUCUGUCUGCUGCUCUACCACUACUACCCAAAUCCGGAGCAAGUACUCCAACUGUACAAGCAACAAUUCAAGACAUUUGAAAAAUAUAUGCGCAGUUGGCUGCCUGCCAGCGAUAAGGAAUUGCCGCUCUCCAGCGCCAAAAUGCCUGCGGAAUUACACACCUUAGGGCGGCUGCAUGAUGCGUUAGUGCAGGGUGAUGCAAAACUUGCGAAAAUAUUCGCCAAAUCCAGAGCUGAGGAGCAGCCUCUCGAAGUAACGCUAGGCGGCGAAGCAGUUGCACUCAGCGCCGAGCUGAAAAGCGAGCGUCUAGUGAUGAUAUACGUGCAGCAGGUGCUCUUCGUGGUGGCGCAACUGGUGGAGAAACAGCGCUUGACACGCAAGCAAGCCGAGGCAGCGGCCAAUUUCCUGGGCGAUUGUCUUGAAUUAGUGAGUGCGCUGGUGGGGGAUGAGCAAGCGGACACAACAAAGGAUGAGCAGGAUGGUAAUUUCCUAGAUGACUUGUUUAAAUAUAUUUUCAAUUUGCGUUUAACGCGCAUACAAAGCACUGCGCUCUUUAGCGCGCACAGCGAGUCGCAGCUCAGCUACCUGCACUUCUUGCGCCUGCUCACGGAGCGCUGCAACGCGCACACUUUUUACGAAACGCAUGCAUUGAACUGCCGCCUCAAGGUGGUGAAGGCGAUUGCCAUCUCCAUGCAGACAGUGGAUGAGAUAAAGGCGGCCAGCGAACAGUUGACAGAUGCGGUGCGCUUGGUGCGCGCACUACAAUUGCGCGCCAGUGAAUGCAUUGAGGUGUUAGACACGCUCGUAACACAGCUAAAGUGCGACGAUUUCGUGUUGGCGGAUACGCUGCAGAAAAGCAUCUACUAUGAGUUGUUAGUGUGCGUGCUGCAACGUUUGGCUGCGCUGCGACAGGCAGUGCAAUGCGAUAAUUUUGUGCGAAAGUUUAAAAAGCUGUACGUGAACUUUGUUAAGCGCUUUGGUGCCGAGAUGAGCUUUGAACAGCUGGAGGAAGCGCUGCAUGAUUUCCUAUGCGUCGCGCAUCAGUAUAUACCGCAGCUGGGCGCCAAGUUUUUCGGCGCUUUCUUCACGGAACGCCGCCUCGCCAAACCCACAAUUAAGUUAGCUGGCCUGCUGCUCAAACGUGAUGAGCGCUUGGACGCUGUAUUCGUGCAGCUGUUGCCGGAUAAUAUGAAUAAGAAGGAACUCAUUUACCCACUACUGGAUAUUGCGUUCCACAAGCAAUGCACACUCGAGCCGGCGCUCUUGCAGAAUAUCUAUCAGUCAUUUAAGAGUGGCUUCAUGAAGACCAUUGAGAAGCCGCAGAAAGCGGGUGUUAUCUACAAGGAGCACGCGGGCACCUCCAUUGCUUUGAUUGAGCGCUGCAUGCCGCGUUCGGAGUGUGUGGACUUCUGCAAUAAGUCGUUCAAGUUUGAUGGCUUCGAGGUGUAUCAGCUCCGCGUGAUACACGCGAUUUACAAGAAAGCUUAUGGCGCAGCGGGAGAUGCGCUGAGUAACGACCAGCAGCGCGCUUCCAUAUUUGUGAAUUUCGUAAGCGUUCUCAUACAACUGCUAAGCAUAGAACUCAGAAAGCAGCAAUUGGAUGCAGAGAAGUUGGAGUUCACCGGGUUCCUGCUGUACGAUUGGUGGCAGAACGCACACACAAAGUGCGCCUCUGUGCCUGUUGUAGCUGCAAAGAAAGGCGCUGGGAAGAAGAAGAAAAAUGCCACCGCAGCAAGCGCUGAUGUAGAGAAUGAGGAUAUGCAACAGGAGGACGCUGCCAUGGCUGAAGGAGCCAUGAUCACGCCCGACUUCUCGAAGCUUCUGCAAAAUCAGCAAUGGAUCAAUUUCUGCAAAUUUUGCCUCAAGCUGGGCAUGCAACAUGUCACGGGCGAUGAUGCCGCGCCACAGCAAUUGGAUGCUGCCAAUGCGUUAUUGCUAAAACUGCUCGCCUACCUUUGCCAGCAGCUCUACGUUGACUACUCGGCCGAUGCGCGCGCUGCACCGCCACUGGCAGAGCCUGCGCAACUUUUCGACAUGAUUUGCACGCAUUCCAAAUUCUUUGAUAUAGUUUUGUCGCCACGCGAAACCCAAGUGAAAACGCAAGUGCUCCACCUACUCUAUACGCUUGCGUUAAAGAAUCCUGCAGCGCUUAGCGAUGCGCAAAUACCCGUUAUACUGGGCGCGUAUCAAGCGAAACUGUCCGAUGCUGACCGCUACGCUUUGGCGUUGCUGCAACUGUACGAAGUUCAUGACUGCGGCUUGGAACAGUAUCGCCCCUUCAUUUGGGGUGAAAGCGCAAUAGCAUUCUAUGCGCUGCGCGCCGCCGAUGAGGAACGCGCCAAACUGACGCAGCAGGAGACCUCAAUCGCCCAAGUGAUGUCGCUCAUCGACCGACAAUUGUGCGAUUAUACAAUCGAUAAUUUCCCUAUAUGGCGCAAAUUGAAUAGCGCGCAACAGCUGCCCACUGUCGAGUUCUGCGAUCCGACAACGAAAGCGUUCGAAUUUGGCAGCAAUGAGUUGGAGCGACGUAUUGAGCGUGGCUGUACGCAAUUCGAGGAGGCUGAAUUACGUUUGUUUCCCGUGCGCGCGCGCGUCUACACGCAAUGCUAUGAUCCUGCUUUCUUCGUGCCACUGAUGAAUAUGUGCUUUGCGCCCGAAGCGUACUCGCACCCUGCGCGUCCCGUACAAAAUGGACUGUUAGCUUUGGUCUUUGCGGCGCUGUCAUCGCAGGAUCGCGAUAUGCGUUUGGCAGCCGGUUGCGUGCAGCUACGUUAUCGCGCGCACUUCGAGGCGAACAAAUUUUUCGAGCGUCCACUCUGGUUGCAGGCAUACGACAACAUACAGGCAGGUCUUAGUGAGCUGCGCGAUUCGUGGGUGAAGCAUAAGAAGAACAGCGGCACUCCGCGUGUGCCAUUUAUUUCUGGUCUAUUUGUGGCUAAAACCUUCAAUUUAACCGCCGAUCCCACGCAUUUGCUGUACAAACAGCUCACCAUGUAUUUGCGGUUGAAGAGCACCUUUAAUUUCCAAUGUGUGCCCGAGUUCAAUGUGCUCUUCUACUCGCCCGAAAUCGAACACCAAGCCUUCCGCCAAUUCAUUGUGGAGGUCAUACGCAAUGGUAUCAAAUCCGGCUCGGAUCUCUUUUUGCUCGUCACCACCAACACCUUCAAAGUGCUGCAGGGCUUCUAUGGCAGCGCCAUGUCUACACUGGAUAUGAAUUUGCUCAUACUCUCUGUCUUCUCGACUUGCGCCAAAAUACCCGCCUCCUCGAAAGUAAUGAUCGAACAUGUCGGCUUGCUGCCCUGGCUCAACUCGGUCAUGAGCACUGUAGAGUUCUACCAAUUUGACAUCAUUGAGGGUCUAAUCAGCACGCUCAGCAACCUGUGGUAUUCAGUCAAAUCAUUUGCCAGCGAGUUCCAUAACUUCGCGCACAUUACACUAGAACUGCAUCAGCUCGUAUUGCGCCUGCUGCCGCACUUGUCUGCGCGCAUUUCGCCGCAUAACUUUGCGCGUCUGAUGAAUAUCCUCCAAAAGACUUCAUGCGGACAGCACCGCGCUAUGUCGGAAACGCAGCUAGCGAACUUGAUUGAGUGUGCCGGCAAACACUAUCCGACGCUGAUUCAAAACAUCGAGGGCAUCAAGGCGUUCGGUGGCGCUGGCGCGGCUGCACUUGAGGAUUAUUGUCGGGAAUUGCACGAGGCUGGCGAAGGUGUAGACGCCAUUAUGGCUUUGUCGAGUCUGCGCGCCUAUACGAUCGAUUGGUGGCAGAGCAGGCACGCGCAAGAAGUAGAGAGUGGCGAAUUGGCGACUGCUGAUCUAAAUGAAACGGCGGCCGAUUAAACGAGUUAUUGUUGAGUAGAUUUAAAACUUGUUUAGCAUUAAGUUUUCAAUUCAAAUUUUAAUUAUUAUAUUUCAUGUAAUGGCGACUGCUGGAAUGAAAAGUGUUUGAAGAAGCCAGGUAUUUUUGUACGCUUUCUAAAUGCCAAUAUAAAUAAUGUAAAAGUAUGCAGUUUUUAUGUACGAAUCCAUUUUUUUCAAUGCGUUAUUUGUAAGCGAGAAAGGUGCAGAGUGCAGAGAGAUGUGCGGAAGGAAGAUACUUUUGUCAAAAGGGUUGAUUAUAUCGGAAACAAAUCUCCUUAGUAGUGUGAAAAUAAAUAAAUAAAAAUAAAAAAUGCUUUAGAAUUUUCAAAACUCGAAAUUCUUUAAAAAAUCAAAA